UCCCCGUCUCACAUGCUAGGAGUAGGAGAGUAGUACACUUUAACUCAGAGAGAACUCAGAAGUCGGGACACCUUGAAAAUGGCCAUGGCAGCAACCCCAACCGCGACUGCCAGCAUCUUGCUCUUGGCUCUCUUCCUCGCCGGCGCUCACGCGGAGCCGGCCGAGCUCCCAUGCGCGCUCCCCGCGUGCAAGACGGUGGGCGGCGGCAGCCAGUUCUUCGACGUGCAGUUCUGCUUGGCGGCACUCGGCUCCGACGGCCGGAGCAUCAGCCACUGCAUGGACUACCAGGUCUACUCCGUCAUCGCUGCCGACCUCCUCGCAGCCAACGUCACCGCCACGGCGGCCAAGAUCGACGGCCUGCUCCAGGGGAGCGGCGGCGGCGGCGGCGGAGACGACGCCGCCGCCACGGCGCGCUGCCUCCGGUCGUGCCAGGCGCUGUACGGCGGCACGGUGCGGAGGCAGCCCGGCUGCGCGGCCGCCGUCAGGGGCGUCAGGAAGGGCGAGGCCACGACGUGCCUGGAGGAAGCCGCCGCCGCGGCCAAGCAGUGCGAGGACGGGUUCCAGAGCAGCAAGGUGGCGUCGCCGGUGACGGCGGAGAACCAGAACGCGUUCAUGCUCGCCAAGCUCGCCGUCGCGCUGCUCCGCGAGGUCUAUGCUAAUAAAUGAACAGGGUUUCUUUUUGUAUGUAGUAAGUACGGGAGAAAAUGUUGCUGUUGCUGUACUGGUACUGGUAGUAUGCAACUGCCUUGUUCUUGGGAAAAAUCAUAUCAUAAUAAUGAAAUGAGUAAAAAAACAAAUUAAAAAUGUCAUGCAAAGCAAACCAACCUGAUGUGAUUUUAUUUAUUUAUUUAAUAGUAUCUGCAUAAUGUUACAUUAUACAAAGCUUUUUUUUAAAAAAAAAA